AUGCUCUGCGCAAGAACAGCUUCACAAUGCUACAGAACACACAUCUACAGCUCAAGGGCCCUAUAUCCAAGACUGUUUUCGACUGAGAAACCUUCACUCCCUGUUCCGCCAGCUUCUCCGAGCUCUCGGCACCAUGACCUGCAGUCGUUCCUGGCCUACGCAAAGAGAACCGCGCUCUCGACACGGAGCACAACCUACGUAGGGACGCUCUACGAAUAUACAGUGCAGCAGAGCCUGAAGAGACAUUGUAUAGAUCUAACUCGCAUCGGCGGGCGGUCAGACUGCGGCAUUGAUCUCGUUGGGACCUGGGCUUUACCGCCGGCCUCUGCUCAGCCGCUACGAAUACUGGUACAAUGCAAGGCUGUCAAGGCGAAAGUUGGGCCGAAUCUGAUACGAGAGCUUGAAGGGACAUUCUCGGGAGCUCCCGUGGGCUGGAGAGGGGAAGGGAUACUGGGGAUGCUGGUUAGCACGCGGGAGGCUACGAAGGGGGUUCGAGAUACAUUGAUCAAGAGCCGAUAUCCGUUGAUUUGGGCUCUGGCAGACCUGGACGGAUCAAUGCGGCAGUUUCUAUGGAACAGGAGGGCUGCUGAAGUCGGACUGGAGGGUUUGGGGGUGCAGAUCAGACAUGGAGGGGAGACGGAUCCCAUGAAGAAGACUGUUGUCUUGACCUGGAACGGCGAGGAGAUCGAACCAGAGGCCUUGAAGACGGGUUGA